GUAAAAAUGAAGUGUUAUACUGUCAUAUCCUGUUCGAAGUGCACGAGAGUAUCUAGGGACCUAAUGCAAUGAUGCCACUGGGCUUUAAAAUGGCAGGGAGGCGGAAGUAUUGGUUAGUCACGCUAACCUGAAGGUUGGACAGUCGCCAAAACAUAAGUUUCGUCGUAAUAAUCGGCUAAAAUGCGCUUCUACUAGAACCCAGCGCUCGGCAUAACAUGGUCCUAGGUAAAGAUAUACUCAGCUCCCGAACAAGUUAAAAUAACAAGCCACGAGUAAGAAGAAAAGCUCCUAUGGGUUAUUCGCAAUGGCUUUCCCAGACCUACAACUCAGCCCGUGCCGUCAGCUGUACAAAAGGGGGUGAAAGGCUCCCAAUCACACAUUACUAUUACUCGAACGAUCUUUCUCAAAUCGCACGCACGACCCCCAGUUAUGACGUAUUGGUUUGUACAAAUAAUUUGCGAUUUGUAGCUUUUUGUUCUGCGUGUCCCUCUUUGUCGGUACAUAAACAACAGAAUAUAUGAAAUAUUUAAGUUAACAUAUAAUUCAGAAUCUCUUAUUGGAGUGAUAGUCUAUGGCCGAACUUUGUCCAAGACAGUGAUACUCUUGCCCUCCAUGAGCAAGACGUAGUGGCAUUUCGUGUAGGGGAUCAAGG